GGAGGACAACCACAUGCUUAAAUGUACUCGAAUCAAAGACCUCAAACAUAAAAAUAGUCAAAUCAAAAAUCAAAAACAUACUUCCUUAGAACCUCCAAAACAAAACAAAAAUUAAACCUCAAACAUAUCAGUUCUUCAGAUUCUACCAUAGUUACAAAACUAAGAAAACAAAAACACAACAAAAGCAAAUAUGAUGCUACUAUUUAAACCGUCUUCAACUCUAGGAAGAAGGUUAAAACCACGUCCAUACCAAAGCUUCUCUGAGUCUCUUCUAAUGGAUAGUAUUGAAGCAGCUGAAACUCUCACACGUAAAUGGAUAUCUCCCAAUCUAUCUAGUUCAUCUUCUUGCUCCCUCUCCUCGAUUUUCUCCACCGAAAAUCGCGUAGAAGGACGACGAUUCAUCGAGGUUAUCAACAGCUUACAAUACGCGAUUCAAGGAGUGGUCUUGGUGAAUCCUGAAUCACCAAAACUCACUCGAGCCCAUAAUCUUGUAACAAUCGCUAUGAAACAGUUGGAAAAGGAGUUUUACCGGAUUUUAAAAUCGAAUCGACGGAAUCUUGAUCCCGAAUCCGUUCGAUCUUCCCCAUCUUUCAAUGCAAGGAAUAAAGUGUCGAUUUAUUCCCAAGUUCCUAAAUCUGAAGAAGCUGAUGUUAUGACGGAUUUGAAAAUGAUCUCUGAUUGUAUGAUAUCAUCGGGUUACGAAAACGAAUGUAUCAAGAUUUACAAGAAGAUAAGAGGAUCAAUUAUGGUUGAAGCAUUGAGUAACUUAGGGUUUGAGAAUCUAAGUUUUGGAAAGAUUCAAAAAUUGGAUUGGGAUAGUAUGGAGAAGAACAUCAAGAAAUGGUUAGAAGCUACGAAAGUCCUUAUCGCGAAUUUGUUCGAGGGAGAAAGAAUCCUUUGCGAUCACGUUUUCUCGCCGUCUGUUUCCGUAGCCGAGUCUUGCUUCACGGAGAUUACGUUAGAUAGUGCUUUAACUCUCUUUAUCUUCCCAGUGAGUGUUGCAAGAUGUAAAAAAACCGUCGAGAAAAUCUUCCUUACUCUCGAUAUUUACCAAACGAUAUCGCAGCUUAUGCCCCAAAUUGAAGAGAUUUUCAGUUAUGAUUCGACUUCUGCAGUUCGAUUACAAGCCGCUGAUUCUCUUAAGAAUCUUGGUGAAGAGAUUAAUUCAAUGGUGGCUGAAUUCGAAGCUUCGAUUACGAAAGAAUCUUCGAAAUCUCCAAUCCCUGGAGGCGGAGUUCAUCAGCUCACAAGGUACGUAAUGAAUUUCAUCGUUUUCCUCGCGGAUUACCAUGAAUGUCUAGCUGGAGUUCUAACUGAAUCGACGUUGCCAUUACCGGAAGAUUACUUUGGGAACAAUGACGAAGAUAACAAGGACGGAGAAACCAGAUCUUCAUCUUCUUCUACGGUAACCACAAGAAUUGCAUGGCUAAUCCUCGUAUUGCUCUGUAAAAUCGAUACGAAAUCUCGAAUGUACAACGACAUGGCUCUUUCAUAUCUCUUCCUAGCCAACAAUCUGCAUUACGUGAUCUCCAAGGUACGUACAUCGAAUCUGAGGGUUGUGCUUGGCGACGAAUGGGUAACGAAUCACGAAGGGAAAGUUACUCAAUACCUCGAAAAAUACGAGAAAAUCGCUUGGGGAGAAGUGAUUAUGUCGCUUUCCGAUUCAAACGAAGAAAUGCUCAAAGAAAACGUGGCGAAAGAGCGGUUAAAGCGGUUCAACGACGCGUUCGAGGAAGCGUUUCAGAAACAGAGCGAAUGGGUAGCACCGGAUUCGAAACUAAGAAACGAUUUAAAAGAUUCCGUGACGAAGAAGUUAACGUCUGUCGCGACGUCGUUUUAUGCAAAGUACCACGUCGAAAAUUGGGAGGAAGUCAGAUUUGCCCCUGAAGAUUUGGGUAAUUACCUCUCUGACCUUUUCUUAGGUACGGGACGGUCGUGUAUUAUUGUUCCUUCGCUUAAACCAUCGGACUCGGGACGUUCACUCAAAAAUUCAGAAUCAGGACGUUGAAGUGGGAGUGGCAUUUAUGAAAAUACGUACUUUUGAGGAUCUUGUGAUGAAACAGUGAUCGUUGGAUCGGUCAUUAUUGGACACGUGUUGGCUGUUGAAGCCUGUGAUUGGUUGGCAAGUGAGAGUGUUUUAGUAUGUGACUAUGUGAGUAACCAAUAUUUGUAUAGCCCACAAAACGAAGCAGCCCAGUUUAGAAGAUGUUAUUUAUGAUAAGCCUUGAUAAAUUUGUGGCUGUGAGACGAUUUAUGUAGGAUAACAAUUGUGUUUAUUUGUUGUAUCAAUUAAUUAACAAAGAUUACCUCGAA